CCCGGACUAACUUAGCUGCUGCACGCGGCGCCGGUAAAUCCGGAACCAUCAGCUAAGCGGCGCUGAGACCCGCGGUUUGUGAGGCGUCUCUCGCCGUGCUGCUCGUUUUCAGGUGAAAAUGUCCGGAGCGUCAGACGGAGCGGAGGGAUCAGCUGAGAAAGCUGCGCCCGCAAACUGGAUCCUGCAGCAUCCCACGUACCAACAGAUGCAGCAGCUGCAGGUGGAGGACAGUGAGCAGAUCUACACAGCCUUUCUGGUCUACAUGGACCUUACUGAGGUGCGCCGGUGGAAGGAGGUGUCGUGUGUGAGAAGCCCGGAGCUGCAGGUGGUUCUGCUGGAGGCCAGGGAGAAGGACGGAGCUCCUGCUCACACCGUGCUGCCGCUGCCUGUCCACCGACGUCUGAGCCACAGGAGCGUCCGCCACGUGCUGGACCGGGGCCUCCCUAUGCUGCUGUGUGCCGUGGCGUCCGACUCUACCCUGGUCUACCAGAGGAUGACGGAUGGGUUGGUGACCCCGGACCCCCCUGUAGGACCCUUCGAGGAUCUGGGGCGGCGGCAGCACCGGAAGAGGCGACAGCAGCGCUGAGUUGGGGGGCUGAUGACCCGAGAAGCAGCAGAAAGGAUGAGGCUGAGACCCCGCCGCGCUGUCCGUCUUCAGUCCAGCCCUGGGGUGGGCCGGCAGCGUGGAGGACCCGUAUCCUCCCACCACCAUCGGUCCUCGUUCAGCAGCUUCACAGCUCAGAACAGAAGAGCAGCGGUCCUGACGUCACAGUGUCAUCACAAUAACAGAUGUGUGAAAAGUUCUGAUGGCAUUUAAUGGUUGAAAUCAUAACCCCUCAUUAACUGUCAGCUUGCCCCUCUUUGGGCUUUUAACUCCGUACAAAGCGUCUAUUUGUGUGUUCAGCGCCCUCACAAGGGCUCAAGAAAUCUGUUUAAAGAUCGAUCCGUGUGCAGCAGCAUUGUUGCAUCACAUGAAGAGGCGCGUUUUGUCUCCAGGUACUUCGUCUCUCCCUGAUUGGUGCAGCUGGACCCGUCAUAAAACCUGACGGCUGACUGAUGUUUGGCGAUGAUUUUGGAAUUUCACAAGCAAAGUAGUUUGUUGUUGAAAAGCAUUUGCCCACAAAGAUGGUUUCUGUUUUUUUUUCCUUUUUUCCUUGGUUAUGCUUGAAUGUUUCAGAUCAUCAAACUAUGUUGAACAUCAGAACAAACCUGGGUAAAUAGGUUAUAAAUAGUAGAUUUUUAUUUCUCGGGUGACACAUCUAUCCAAACCAACCUGGUGCUGGACUAUAAAAUCUAAUCUGGUUACACCCUGGCCCCCUUUAAUAGAACCUGUCUCACAACAUGAAGUAGGCUGAAGGAUUGGUUAAAAAGCAACGCGUCAUGUCCUGAUUGAAAGGCAGUCACGAACAGAUAAGAAAUAAAGUUAUCAGUCUGGAAAGAGUUAAAAAGAUUUUUCUAACAAAUAGAGGCUCCAGUUAACUACAGCGAGAGCCAUGAUGGCCGCCAUCCCAAAAUCCCUCCAAGAGCGCAUUAAACAGAUCCAGGAGGUCACUAAAGGACCCAGAACAACAUCUACAACGCUGCAGGCCUCUCAUGCCUCAGAGGUCAAGGGUCAACAAUGGAAAAGAGACUGACAAAAUGGCCUCCAUGGGAGAGGUGAAUAUUACUGACCAGAUUAAACACGAUGUCCUGUCCCACCCUGAAUGAGAGAAAUCAAAGUUUGAAAACUGCAUUUUGUAUUUCCUUAGGUCAGUUGAUCUGAUAUCGAAAUUAAUUUGAUUAUGAGAAACAUGUACAGUAAGUUUGACAACAAAAAUCUUUUUUUUUAUACUUUUUCCUCACCUCAAUAAAACAUCAU